AUGUAUGUGAAAUGCUUUGAUACAGUAAUGUUUUACUAUGUGAUGUUAGUGUAUUUAGUGAAUGUCACUUUUUCACAUUUUUAAAUUUCCCGCCAUUCCGUCUCUGUACGUCCUGACGUCGCAGGGAACGGAACCCAGAUGCCGGCAUCGGCCAGAGGACAUUGCCGGGGACACUGCAGGAGGGACAUUGUGAGAGUGAGGGACAAGGUAAGUGAAGAAGAGAUCCAGGAGCAGCGCUACAAGAUAUUCCCGAGUGUAGCUCGGGGUUACCGCUUGUGCUACACUCGGGAAUACCUCCAGGGAGGU